GGAUGUCAGCGAAUAUUCUGCAAAAGUUAAACGACAUUUGACCUGUGAACAACAGAAAGCCAAAAAAAGAAUUGAAAAUAAGAAUCGCAAUAGUAACACCAGCAACAGCAUAAGCAACCAUUCCGACAGCAACCACAUUGGCUAGAAACGCUGUUCACAGCAAAUCUACAUCCUUGUGCUACCAAAAAACUGUUACAUUUUCGGUUGGUUCAAAUUGAAAGAUAAGUGCUUGUUAAAAUCAAAUUGUUCGAUUUGAAGUUUGAUAGUUUGUGACAAAAGGAAACUUCUCAAAGAUUAUUCUUUUUGUGUGUGUGCGUGUGGUAAAAGCAGCAGCUAGUUUUUUUGCAAUUCGCAAUUUUCAAUUGCAACAAAUAUUGUGCAUAGAACAUCCUCAUCGCAAGGGCAAUACCUAUCCCCCAAAACAAAACAAAAUGAACAAAUUUUUCGUUAGCCUUUUGAUGUUGGCCUGUUGCCUGAGUGUGGCCUACAGUGAGCACAGCUACAACGAUGACUCAUCUGAUGCAGCAGCUUCCGACAAUGUGAAUUCGCUCUUCAAUACGAAUGUGGAUACGGCCAAUGGCGAGGGUGAUGCGGCCAAGGACAACUUGGACAAACGAGUGGAACGUUAUGCCUUUGGCCUGGGAAGACGGGCCUAUACCUACACAAAUGGCGGCAAUGGCAUCAAACGCUUGCCGGUCUAUAAUUUCGGUUUGGGCAAAAGAGCACGUCCCUAUUCAUUCGGUUUGGGUAAACGUUUCGAUUAUGACGAUUAUGAGCAAAUGGCCGAUAAUUCCAACCUAAUGGCGGCCCGAGGCAUGUUGGCCGGUUAUGGAAGUAUGAGUGAUGACAAACGCAACCGACCCUACAGUUUUGGUUUGGGAAAACGCUCGGAUGGUGGCCAAAGACCCUAUGGUUUUGGUCUUGGACGCCGUUAAAUUUAAAUAAUGGAACCCCAAAAUAUAUAUUUAUAAAAAUAGACUUUUAUGUCAUGGCGAAAAGGAAUUAAAAAGAAAUUUCCCCAAAUUAGGGUUAAAUGUAUUUUGAAAUUCAACCUUAUAUCCAGCCAAAAUUUCUUUUUCGAACAAAUUUGACACUAAAGUCAAUUUAAAUUUCAAGCCACAGAGAACAAAACAAAAACUCCUUUAUUCACAAAACUCCAUGCAGCUUUAAAGUAGGUUUAUUUCACAUAUAUCCGUAAUAUAAUGUCAAAUAAACUAACUUUAAAGUUGCAUUCAGUUUGUGAAUACCGGUGUAAGAGAGCAACAUUUUUGAACAUUCUAUCAGAAAUUGUUUCAUUUGAAGGGAUAACAAACAAUAACAUAUAAAUAAACAAACAUUUUAGAAAGCAUUAACGCCCCAACUAACAAAUAUAUGCGUUCGACAUUUAAUUUAGAAAUUUAAAAAAAAAAAUGGGUAUAUAUAUGUAGUUUUAUUUUUAAUUUUUUCCAUUAAGUAAAUGCCAUUAUUUUGAAGCUAAACUUUGAUGCAACAAAUUACAAACGCUAAAAUACAUACGUCAAUGUUUCAAAAACAACUAUUUCAAAGAAGCGAAAAUAACAUUUAAUCAAAUCAAACUGUAGCAUUAUAACCACACACCAACAAAACAACCAGUUUAACCUAGUCUUAAGUUCCCUUGCAAAAUUACUUAAAAAAAUCGAAAAAGAGAGAAAAAAAUUAUAAAAAAAGUAAACAAUUAUAUAUACUACCGAUUAGUAAGAAAUUUCAAUGUCUUAUCAAUGUCAUACUAAUACAAAAAGACGAAUAAUAAAUGCAAACAAAGUCUCUAUUGUAAUAAGCCGUUUCCGAAGGAACCAAGCCGAACAGACCCAAGGAACUGACAUCAAUUUUGUGCAUUCGCUGUUUUAUGUCAACAACAACAACAACGCCAAACAAAAUCUACAACAAAUCAAGAAAAAAUGCAAAUUUCGAAAAAAAAAAUAUUAAAAAAAAUAUUCAAACAAUUGUAAUCUAGUCAAUGUAAUUUCACUGCAACAUUAACAGCCCCCACACCUAUGUUUUUUUUCCUCUCUACUGUCACUCGCUCGCUGUUUCCUUUAGACAUCAAAUGAAGCAAAUGUUAAAGAAAAUUAAAAUUAAUCAAUAUUUUGUAAAUAAUAUGUUUAAAAUAAACUAAUAUUUAAAACAAAAGGAAUACAUAUUCAAAGGGAAAAAAUUGUAAAAUUAAACCAAAUAUACAUACAUAUAAACAAGAAAUCAAAAUCAAUAAAAUAUAUAUCGUAUCAAUGUCUAUCAAUGCUAAGUCUGAAAAAACGGCAAUCUGAAGCUAAA